AUGCCAGGCAUCUUCGACGCAAACAGUGAACAGUAUGUUGCCGACGGUACAGGCAAGAAAGACAACAUCGCGUGUUGGGCCGACGUUACGAUUAGUAACGUUGCAUACCAGAAAUUCGUCGAUAAGCCUUUCUUCGAGAGCUUCGUCGACACACAAUCAGCUACUGAGGCGUACAAGCGCGUCCUCAGCGACAGCGGUGUAUCGCAACCUGUCCAAGACGAUCAUGAUAAGCGCAUCGUCAACGAAACGUUGACUGGGACUGCUACGUAUACCGGCAGCGUGGGCGGGAAGCAGGGCAUUAUCGAUAACCCCAAGGAUGUCGGUGGUCUUGAAAAUUUCCCGACUGUAACGAGGAGCGCAAGCUGGGAUGCAGAUGGCGACGGCAUUGCAGACUGGUGGGAUGGCUCGACGGGCGGUGAGGGGUAUGAUGUCAUUGAGGGAUAUCUCAAUUUCAUGGCUGAGCCGCAUGCGUUUGUUGCUCCUGCUUCGUCGGUUCAGAUCGAUCUUGCAGUGCUGGCGAAGGGUUUCGUGAAGCCAACGUUCACUGUCGAAGGUGUGGCGUUGGGGUCUGUUGUCGUUGAGGGUGAUAUUGCGACGUACAUCUCGAAAGGGGCAGGAAUUGAACGUCUUACCUUGUCGGUUGAUGACGCGGAGGGCAGUAAAUGGUCGCGGUCAUUUGGUGUAGCUGUCUUUCAAGGGGCGAAUGAUGUCGAGUAG